AUGCCUAUCCAGGCUCGACGAGCGUCUUUCGAGCGCCAAAACAUCUACCAGGAUGUUCAGGCCGAUGCAAACAAGUCAGGCGUCGCCGUCGAGGAGAUCGUCACCGCCCGAAUCACAGAUGACCACUUGAUAACCAAAUCGCGAGAGGCUCUGAACUUGAAAUCCAGAGCCGGAUUCCGCAUCUUCUUGUACAUGGUAGUCAUGGGCGCAAACCAGGCCGCCUAUGGUAUCGAUUGGGGUGUCAUUAGUAGUAUCAACUCCAAUACCCACUGGCAUGAUUAUUUUGGCUUCGAAAACAGUGGCUCAACCCUCGGUGUUAUUAACGCUCUUAUGACCAUUGGAAACUUCUGCGGUGCCCCAUUCCUUUGUUUCGCGGAUAAGAUUGGGCGACGAAGCGUCAACUUCAUCGGUUGUUUCCUCACUAUUGUCGCAGCCAUUAUUCAGUGCUUCUCCCCAAAUGUUAAGCUGUUCAUGUUUGGUCGCUUCGUCUUGGGAUUUGGAACUGCGCUUUGUACUAGCUCUCAGUACAUUGCGGAGAUCGCCCCUCCUCAUAUCCGUGGACAUAUUGUGGGUAUCUUUGGCGCCUUCUUCCAAGUUGGUUCCUUAGCUAUUGUGGGUAUCAUGAUGGGCUUUACACACUGGGAAAGUGACUGGAGCUGGCGAGUGGCCUUCCUCAUUCAGGCCAUAUUUCCUCUCUUCGUCUGUGUCACCAUCUAUUGGCUUUGCCCAGAGUCUCCUCGUUACAUGGUCAUGAAGGGCCAGAGAGAAAAAGCUCGACUUACAAUUUCCCGAUACUUUACUUCCUCCGAGGAUGUCAACCAUUCAUUUGUGAACCUCAUGAUGUCUCAGAUUGACGAGUCUAUUGAGAAUUCGACCGUUGGCUUCCGUGCCACUUGGGACUUUCGCGUCUUUUUCACCAAGGCUGUAUGGUUCCGUACAUUCAUCCUUCUUCUCUACUCAAUCUUUCAGCAGUGGAACGGUGGCGGCAUCAUUGGUCUCUAUUUGGAUCCGGCACUUGAAACCAUCGGCAUUACCAAGAAACUCGAUGUUCUGGGUAUCAAUUUGGGAUUGACUGCCACAUACUUCGUUUUCACUCUCUUUGGUGCCUACCUUGUUGAGUACUUCCGCCGACGAACAUUAAUCUUCGUGGGUCUGAUCUCUAUCAUUGUCGCUCAGACAGCGGUCACUAUCACCAGUUGGCGCGUUGAGGUGCAACCAGGAGAUAAAUACCUCUCCUACCUUACGGUCUUGUGGAUCUUCUGUUUCCAAGUUUGUAGUGCAUCCUUCAUUGCGACUAUGCACAACUUGUACCCUGUUGAACUGUUGUCUUUGCCUCUACGAGCAAAGGGUAUGGCGUUGUACACCAUGUUUCAGGGUGCUGCCGGUGUUGUUCACAACUACGGAAUUUCAGUCGGAAUCAUGUCAGUCGGAUACAAGAUCUGGGCCGUCUAUAUCUGCUACAACUUCAUCCAACUCAUCAUCGCUUACUUUAUAUUCCCCGAGACUGGAAAACUGAACCUUGAGGAGAUUGAUCACAUCUUUGAGACCAAGAACACCAACCCAAUCAAGUUGAGUGUCAAGAUUGCAGACGCCAAGUGGGCCUCAAUCAAGGAGGAUAAGAUGCGCGCUCGAAAUGGGACACUUGUGACUCACGUCUAA